AUGAUCGUUGCACUUCUGAUUUUGGGCUUUCUUGCCGUUGAUUCCUUCUCCCUGAGGGUAGAACAAAAUCCACCUUCUCACCCCCAAGCCGAAGAUGAUUACGAUUUGCACGACGAUCUGAGAUUUAUCCAUGCCCUCAAACGAAGAUCUGGCUAUAUCCUUGUUCCCGAGGAGGAGCUUGCUGCUUUGUUAGCGGAAGAGAGACGUCUGAAACGUUCCAGGUCUCCUAUUUUCCAUGGACUUUUGGGUAAACGUUAA